ACCGUAGAAGAAGAAGAAGCGCCACUUCCGUGUGGUUUGUUUCGGUUUGUUGUCCUGACAGCAGAAUUAGCUUGUGUUAGCUUCUCUUAACUUCAGCUAGACAUGUCGGCUACAGACGACGACACGGAGCUGAGGGACCUCCUGAUCCAGAACUUGGAGAAUAACGGAGUCCUCAACAAGCUCAAGGCAGAAAUGAGGGCUGCAGUGUUCCUGGCAAUGGAGGAGCAGGACAAACUGGAGAACAAAACUCCUCUGAUCAAUGAAAACCUGAAGAAGUGCCUCAACACUAAAGACGGCCGGCUGGCUGCCAGUCUGAUGGUGGACUUUCUGCAGGUGUUCAACCUGGACUUCACUCUGGCCGUGUUCCAGCCGGAGAUCAACUGGCUGAGUGGUCUGGACAGUCGGGACCUGGUCUGCAGAGAUCUGGGUCUGUCAGAGUCGGAGCUGAACAGGAACUCUCCUCUACUGCUGGAGCUUAUCAGGAGAGGACCACACAAACCCAACCAGGAGCCAUCUCACACGCAGAUCACACACGCUCGCAAGAAAUUUGAUGUCUACGACAAGAACGGCAGCGGCUCGAUCCUCAGAGAAGAUCUGAAGAGAGUGUUCACAGACCUGUUCCCCAGUCUGAACAAGAACAUGUUGGAGACAUUCAUCAGUGACGAGCUCAGAGCUGCAGACAAGAGCUUCUCUAAGACGAUAGACUUCCAGCUGUUUCUGGGGUUUUACCAGCGUCUGUUCUGCGCCUGCAGGAGUGUGGUGGUUCAGGACUCUGACGUGACUCCACCUCUGAGGAUCAGCUGUCCACCUGUCAGCAAGAUCCCCAGGUAUAAAGGGCAGAGUGACAGAGGACAGAGUCAGACAGCAGCACAGGACUCGGAGGGCGUGGCGUCUCUGGGUCCAGGAGACCUCCAGCAGCAGGUCUCCAGACGCAGCGAGUUGUCCGAAAACAGGAGGGCGCAUCUGGACCUGGACCUGGAGGACGACCCCGAUGAAGGAGACUCAUUCUUCGACGACCCGCUGCCCAAACCUCAGAAGACCUACGGCUGUGCUGUCCCUGACGGGGAGGAGCAUCUCUCCGGCCCGGUUUCGUCCCCCAUGAGACGAGGCAAAAGCCUCAAUGACUUGUCUGUCCUGGCUGCUGACUCAGAGGAUGAUCGUCUCUCUGAACACAGUCAGAACUCUGAGCUCAGGAAGGUUGAGGUGUCCAGGCCCAGAGAGAGUCCAGCAGGCUCCCUGUCUGACCCUCAGAAACCAGGAGGAGGAGGAGGAAGCAGUGCUUCCGAGCAGAGCCACAGCAGGAACGGAGCGUCGAACUCCAGAGAGAGAGGCUCCAGAGACCCGAAGAUCCUGAAUGAUAAAACUGGAUCUCUGCAUUUAGAUGACGAUAUUGAAUAUGAUGAUGACUUCAACAGUCAUCGGUCCGAUCUGUCAAAGAGCGAGCUCAGCAUCGGGGAGGAGAUCGAAGAAGUUUCCAUCGAGGGACCUGAGCACAGCGACAAGUUUGAUGAAACCACUCAGGACCUGAGCGUCUCCCAGCUCAGUCUCAGCCAUGGAGCCGACUACAUGGAGGACGUGGCCUGAGCCUUCCCAUGAUGCACCUCUCCUGGCUCUCCCAUCAGGCACCUCUUUGUAUUUUCAAUAUUUAAGUCUGUACAGUUUCAAUGAGUCAAUAAAUUGAUUUGUAUUGAUUA